CGGUUUUGCGGCGCAUCGGAAACGCGUCUCGCUUUCUUGCACGCGGAGAUAACGAUAAAUGCUAAUAAAAUUAGUCGUUUUUCUGGGCGAAAAUCCGUGUCUUUGGGAGAGGAAAAAUUUCACGUACAUCCUGGGUUUUUCGGACCGAAUUGAAUAAUACCUUUAUGUAAUUUGAAUAAUGAUCGCCUGGAAUCAUAGAUUACGUGCGGGGGAAGGAAAGAAUCGGGCACUUAUACAAUAGACUAGUUGAUCGAAAAGUUAUAUUUGCAAUAGCGAAUUGCUUUUUUCCUCCCGGAAGUAUAAGUAUAUAGAAAAGCUCGUGACCCGGUAACGCCGUUAUGUAUACGCGACCUGAUCCUUCGUGACGCACUCUUGUAUAGAUAUGUAUGCACGUGGCUAAUACCCUGUUUACAACUUAAUGCUUACCGUUAUCGAUCCACAUUGCAAAAAACGUCGCAGUAGCGAACAAUCCGCUACCCAUCAGAGAGCUCGAGAUUUGUGCAGCUGACAGCCGAACAAUGAAGCUACAGUCAAUAUUGUACCAUCUCGAUCGGAGCAGUUCCGGCGAGCAAAAAGCCAGCGGAACCGUGUCAUCGCUCGUCUCUCCGCAAAAAGUUGCCCCGUGAAAAAUCGGCCGACGGCUAUAAACCGGCCGUUACUCCGCUCAUCCUCUUAGUCGACGAUUAACUCGCUUCGCGAUAUAAUUCAGCUGCUCUUUAAUAUUCGUACAGUAGUCAAUGUUCUUAUAAACAAUAGAGCGUGUGCACACAUGCGUGGCAGCAGCGAUGAUAAAUCGCAAUGAUCGGGCGGUGUUGUUAUUGCUGUUGAUUUCGGCGGUGCUGUUGCAGUGCGGAACCGCUCGAAAGAUCUACAGCAGACCUCUGAGGUUCAGAUACGUCCAGGAGGAUCAGGAGACGUCGGACACGAAGCACGAAGACAAGCACCACCACGAGCCCGAGAAGCACGAGGUAGAAGAGGAGAGCGAGCAUCAUCAUGGCGAGCAUCACGAGGAUAAGGACCACGAGGGUCAUAAGGGUUACAAGAGCUACCACGAGCUGGAUAAAGCUGGAAAGGAACAUUUAGACAAAGGGGGUCACAGCCAUCACUACGAGGAGGAGAAAGACCAGGGGGGUGAGAAGCACGAGGAAGCGGGUCAUUACAAAGACCAUCACAAGGGGGAGAAGGCGGAGAAAUCGGCGGAGUUUGAAGAGGAGGCGAAACACCAAAAGGGCCACAGCACCAAGGGCGAACAUAAUAUAUUCAAAAAGGACGAGUACGAGAAGAAGCACGACUUUUACGACGAGUUUCACGAGGGCGACGACCACGAGAAGAACGGCGGUCAUCACGAGCACCACGAUCAUCACAAAGGUGGCCACGAAAAGGCCGGACACGAGCAUGCCGGGAAGCACGAGGAGAAGAAGGCCCAUCGCAAGGAGCAUCAUCACGGCCACCAUCAGCACAAGCACAAGGGCCACGAGGAGAAGGGAGAGCACUCGCACCAUCAGGAUCAUCACGAGAAACACGGAGAGGACGCCGGCCACGGGAUGGGAAAGCAUUGGGCGCACAAGCACCAUCAUCACUAGAUUAGCGUUUUACCUAACACGUGAUUUUUAGAAUAACGGAAAAGCGAACGUUUUGUAAAUAUCCUAGCUAUUAGUAUAUAAUUUGUACAAACGCUUCCAACUAAAAAUCUGAUUAAAAAAAAAAAAAACAAAACAAAAAUCAAAAAUUUAAAGAAAAGCAACACCUCAUUAAACUUAUUUCUCCGAGAUCGAGGCUGUGUUACGUUCCUCGGCGCGUUUCGCAACGAUCGCGGCCGAAUAAUAGGCUUCUACCAUUGCGAAAUCGGCACGACUCGCGCCAAAGAAGUUUGACUGAUCGAUACACCGUCUCUAUACAGAUUCGCUCGAUUCUCCUCGGUUUUUGGAAUCGCGCGGACGAAAUCGGCCGCGGUCGUCUGUAAGUAGAUCGGUAUUUAUUAGGAGAUAUCUAUAUCGGUAGUUGUAAAUAAUGUCGUCGAUUCCGCUCGCUGUGUGAAUCCGUGAUCGGCCGAUUCUGGAAAGUGAAAACAGCCGGCGUGAAAUUGGUCACACUCUGUUACACCCUUACGCCGGCGAGUCGUGUUUCUUUUUUUUCCUCACUUAUGCCGUAAAUCCUUUGUCUACGCUGCGCCGAUACGAUUGUGAAGAGAGACUCGCGUUAAUACGGUUUCUUGAUGCAAGAAGGAACCGAUCGCGUUUUCCGAGCUUCGUUCGGCUAAUGGCGCCAGAGAGGAUGUUUGAAAAGAAUGCAUGUACUUUGCGAUCUGUAAAAUGCUUGAUUAAUUUUUUGGUUUCGGUUCAGGAAUUUGUCGCUGAUAUCAGCGUUUGUCAAAUUAUACUUAUAAUAUAAAUAAAAAACAAGCUUCGCUACUCUAUAAUGAA